GGAUUGCAUUUGUUUUUAAACUGUUGACCAGAAAUAAAUAUCAACUGGGCGUAGGAAUGACCGUCAUGGCGAAGGUCAUUACUAGUGCGGAAAUUUGUGAGAAUGCAAAAAUGGCUCGCGACAUGGCUCUGGCCGGCAACUAUGACGGCGCGAGCAUUUACUAUGAAGCCCUAAUUCCGUCAUUGCAACGAUUCACGGUCAACAUCAGCGAUCCAAUGAGAAAGGGCAAAUGGACUAUGGUUCAACAACAAAUAAAUAAGGAAUACCAACAGAUGAAAUCUAUUCAAAAGGAGCUAACAGAAAUGACGAUGGAUUUGCACAAUGCUCCAUUCCGUCGACCGCCCACACGAAGCACAGAAAAUGAAUACAAAGAUCCCGCAGCAUGGUUUCGGCCGGAUCCAGAUGUUUGGGCGCCGCCAUUGCAUCAUGAUCCCGAUGUGUUUGCACCUCCGAUCGACCGUCGACCACAACAGCGUCCAAGUUCGAAUCGUAAAAACGAUAAUCGUAAGGGCCCACAGUCCAAAUCAUCGGCAACUGCAAAAAGUGCGAAAAAAGGAAGCGCUUCAAGUCAACCGAAUACAGCCCGAAAGAGACCGACUGCAAAUGGAAGCACUGAAUCUAGUCAAGCAAAGGAUGAGGAACACAAAGAUGAAGAGCCAGCCGAAGAGGAAAAGAAAUUCGAAGCAUCCAAUCACAUGGAAGGCGACCUUGUUGAUAUUCUCGAACGUGAUAUUUUACAAAAGAAUCCAAAUAUUCACUGGGAUGACAUUGCUGAUUUGACCGAAGCCAAGCGACUGCUUGAAGAGGCCGUUGUGCUGCCCAUGUGGAUGCCAGACUAUUUCAAAGGUAUUCGACGUCCGUGGAAAGGUGUUUUGAUGGUUGGUCCUCCAGGUACUGGUAAAACUAUGUUGGCUAAAGCAGUAGCAACCGAAUGUGGCACAACAUUUUUCAAUGUAUCAUCAUCAACGCUGACUUCAAAGUAUCGCGGUGAAUCCGAGAAAAUGGUUCGAUUAUUGUUUGAAAUGGCGCGUUUUUAUGCUCCCAGCACAAUAUUCAUCGAUGAAAUUGAUUCGUUGUGUUCGCGUCGUGGUUCCGAAUCGGAGCAUGAAGCAUCUAGACGUGUCAAGUCGGAGCUGCUAGUGCAAAUGGACGGGGUUGGUGGUAGUGAGGAAGCGUCCAAAGUUGUGAUGGUGUUAGCAGCAACUAAUUUUCCAUGGGAUAUUGAUGAAGCGUUGAGACGUCGUCUUGAGAAGCGUAUUUAUAUUCCCUUGCCCAAUGAUGAAGGUCGCGAAGCGCUGUUGAAAAUUAACUUACGUGAGGUAAAAUUGGAUCCAAGUGUUGACUUGAGAAGUAUUUCCCGUAAAUUACAAGGCUAUUCUGGUGCUGAUAUAACGAAUGUGUGUCGCGAUGCAAGUAUGAUGUCAAUGCGACGCAAAAUAGCCGGUUUAAAACCGGAACAAAUUCGACAGUUGGCCACCGAAGAGGUUGACUUGCCGGUAUCCACAACAGAUUUCAGCGAAGCCAUCAGCAAAUGCAAUAAAAGUGUGUCCAAACAAGAUUUAGAGAAAUAUGAAAAAUGGAUGCGGGAAUUUGGUUCAUCCUGAUAACACUCAAUCGGCGCAUAUACACACAUUUGAAUCAACGGAAUCUUUCAAUCUAUUUAAUUCUAACACAUCGAUCAUGUAACAAUUUAAGAAACAAACAAUAAUGCCGCAUCAAUCACUAACGGUGAACACAUUUCCCGUGUGCGUAUAUUGUAACUGACCAGCCAGUUAACUAAUUUCGGAAAAAAAUGAUCGAAACUGGAAUAACCGUUUUAUUUUAAAUGUCUGAACAACAACAAUUGAAACAUUUGCUCACUUAUAACACGAAAAUUUAAAAAAAACAAAACAACUUAAAUAUCAAUUGUACGAAACAACAUUCUAUUAAUUUUAAAUUAAAACAAAACAUAAUUUUAAUUCAAUCUCCAAAUACAAAAAUACUAAAAACCAAA